UCAGUGUAGCCUAAUUAACUAAACUUAGUGGAUAUAGUGCUGUAUUGUUAAUGUACAUUAUUAUUUUGACGUGACCACCUGUAUACCUAUACAGCCUUGAAUUGCCAAAUAAAGUGAAUCAUCUCCUGACGUCGAACUGUAUCUUUUAAUCUUCCCGCAUUGUUGUACACAGCAUUCCUUCUGCUGGGGGCGGUGACAUGUCCAUUUACUGGAAGUAAGAGAGAACAAAAAAAUAUCCUCAAAGCCGGACGGAAUCUGUGCAAAAUCAACACAGAAAAUUACGGAACAAUCCAGUUGGGACUGCAACUUUAACUGCCGGCCGCACUUUUAAUAUCCAUUCCAACAAUCGAACGCUUAAGCCGAUCUCUGCUCCUGAUCUAAAGCAGAGAUGGCCACCGAGAAGACUGCAUACGCUCCCGUAGAGGGGGGGCCCUCUCCACCUUCCCUCCCCGGGCAGCCAACCUUUCCUGUCGCAUUUGACAUGAAUAUGGCAGGCCCAAACAUGUUCGGAGGGCCAGUUCCCGGUGGUCUUCCUGCUCCAGCCGGUGUCCCUUUUCCUCCACCGACUGCUUUUGGACCCGGUGUUCCUGGAGCUUUCGGAAUGCCCAUGAACCCUCAAGGCGGCUCUGGGUAUGGGCCCAACCCGUCCGUGCCACCGUAUUCUCCACCAGGGCAAGGCUUCAGUGGUAACUUCAGUGAUGAUGUUUACCAUAACAGUGAGGAUCCGCCGCCCUUUCAUGAGAAUCAAGACUUUGAUUUUGGCUUGGACAACAAGAGCAUAAGAAGAGCGUUUAUUCGAAAGGUUUUCUUGGUGUUGACUGCUCAGCUGAUGGUGACCUUCGCCUUUGUGGCUGUGUUCACCUUUGUGGAAGAACUCAAGUUAUUUGUCAUGGCGUACCCGUGGACCUACUUGGUGUCCUACGGGAUAUUCUUUGUGUCCGUCUGCGUGAUCAGCUGCUGUGGAAGCGUUCGUCGAAGACAUCCUUGGAACCUGGUUGCACUGUCUGUCCUGACUCUCAGUAUGUCCUACAUGGUGGGAAUGAUUGCCAGUUUCCAUGACACCGACUCAGUGGUAAUGGCAGUGGGCAUCACAGCAGUUGUGACCUUCUCAGUGGUCAUCUUCUCUCUGCAGACCAAGUACGACUUCACCUCCUGUUACGGUGUGCUUUUCGUCUGUCUAAUUGUCCUCAUCCUCUUUGGCAUCCUCUGCAUCUUCAUCCGUGACAGGAUUCUGCACAUUGUGUAUGCUGGACUGGGAGCUUUGCUCUUCACCUGUUUCUUGGCAGUGGACACGCAGCUGUUGCUUGGCAACAAGGAACUGGCCUUGAGUCCGGAGGAAUAUAUCUUUGCUGCUCUUAACCUGUACACAGAUAUCAUCAACAUCUUUCUCUAUAUUCUUGCCAUCAUUGGAAGAGCAAGGGGGAGCUGAACAGGAGGAACAAUUGUUCGUGUCUCGAAGUGGGCUCCCUUAAUCUUGAUUGUUUGUCUUGUAGUGUGCACUAAACAGAUAAUUUACUGAUUUCUUUUUUCCUUCACUGUGUAAAUGUUAUUUUUUAUGAUUACAUGAGUAGCUGUAUCUUUGCUGUAUUUGGGGGUUCAUUAAAGUUUUCCGGAGUACAUAAUCCAACAUACGAAACUUUUUAUUGUAGCUUAGAAAAUCAUAUCUUCUGCCAUAGAAAAGUAAUCGAUUAAUGUAAAUAUUUGAAAAGUUCGGAGAGGGCUUUCAGCUGUACCACACCGGCUUCAUCUGCAGAGUUUGAGCAGUGGUCAUGGGGAUUUGAUGUGCAAGUUUGAUACUGGUUGUAAUUUCAUCCAUUGCACUUUGAGGACUUCUUGUUCAGGUUGUCUUUUUCUGCAGAUUUUGGCUGAGGUCAAAUAGCCUUUAUUUAUUCAUUUUUUUUGUUUCAUUGCAAUUUUAUACAUGCCAAGGAAAGGUGCUUCGAUGCUCUUUUUAAUCAUCUCCUUUAACACUGGGUCAACUAAUAAAAGAAGAUAAAAAACUCUUUGUGGUCCUCAUGUAAGUGCUUCAUCUAUUUGACUGCCGCUGUUGUUAUGCAGUUAAACUUAAGGAAAAGGUCAGUGAGUGGACUUGGAUUGUUUUCCAGGUCUGCUAUUUUUUUUAUUUUUUUUUUUAAAUUUCAGGAUUGAACUUUCAUGCUUGACCUAUAAAACGACAGACAUGAGAGGAGCAAAAAAAAGUGCAGCAAAUAAAAUCAUAGCAGCUGUUGGACUUGAACGUCAACCAAUCCCUCGCCGUGGCAACCGAGCAAACCUUUUAUGAGGGCUGUGUGGUACAUGUGAUAACUCUAGACAAAGCUACUAAGUGAAAUUUGUGGGAUCUUUGUCACACUCCUACUUCUAAGUUCAAGGAUAACCUAAUGCUUAAAUAUAAUUCUGCUUUUCUAAAA